CCGUUUCAGAGACCCGAACCAUUCGCAGUCCCUAAGCCCAGAUCCGGGCCUCCCAAAACGGCGCUUAUUUCCCUUCCGGGUUUUACUUUCAUUCAACCGUCUUCUCCGUGCCCCAUGGAUCGCAAAAACCCUUCUCCUCAAGGAGAGACGGCUCGAGUGGUGGUGGAGUUUUUGGAGGUGGCCAUAACUUCCAUCGUAUUCCUCAAAGGAUUUUAUCCCCCUGGGGCAUUCGAGAGGAGGAGGUAUAUGAAUGUGGUGGUCCACAAGGCACGACAUCCCCAGCUAUCCAACUACAUCCACUCUGCAACCUCUGAUCUCCUCCCAUUCAUCGAAAAGGGUUUGGUAGAGAGAGUGACAGUAAUCUUCUAUGACAAAGAACAUGUCCCAGUUGAGAGAUUCGUGUUCAAACUCAAUUUGAACCAGUCAUACAGUUCCAAGGUGGAGGAGAACAGUCUUGAAUUUGCCCUAAGAGCUUUCCUGAUCAAGCUUACAGUUGCCAAGCCUGUCACAAAGCCCCUUCCUUCUGGUAGCAGCUGGGAGAUCACUGCCUACUUCCGUGCCCUCGCUCAGGACGACAGCAAGGAAGCGCGGCUCUGGAUUCCAACAGAUACAAAGCAGUGGCUGCAGCCCCCACACAUAACCCCAAUCAAGUCGAUGAGUAGUGAGCCUUUGAAGGUGCAUCUCUACCUGGAACAUCCCAGCCCUUCUGAACCAAAGGUUCAGACGGGAUAGUUUUAUGAUUAGAAUCAAUACAGACAGGUUACCUCUGCCUUCACUUCUGUAAAUUGUUGUAGACAAGAGUAAGUCCCAGAACAGAAUUUAUUUGCUAGCUACCUUCAUUAUGUGAUUUAUAUAUGUUACCACCGAGCACUUGCUCGGAAGGGGUGGGGUUUAGCCACCAAGACAAGGAAACAUUGAGUUCCAUGACAUGAUCAGCUAUCGUGUUUGCCUCUCUCAA